CUGCCGAUGGUCAUCUGGAACGUAUAAAAAAAGAUGACGGAAAAGAUGGGGGUUGUGCGACUUAUGUAAUCACCCUCCAGUUCAAUCGUAUUGGCAGCCUACUUGCCAUUGGCUGUAAUGACGGUCGAGUGGAGAUCUGGGAUUAUGUAACAAGACGUAUAGCAAAGAUACUUGUGGCUCACACACACCCCGUCUGUUGUCUGAGUUGGAGUCGUGAUAGCCGAAAACUUCUGACAGCCUCCACCGAUAACACUGUAUCUAUUUGGAAUAUUGUGACCGGCAAUUGCGAAAGGACGUUUCGUUUUCCAUGCCCUGUUCUACGGGCGCAGUUUAAUGCACGCAAAGCGGAUCAGUUUAUGGUGUGUCCGAUGCGUCACCCACCGGUUGUUAUACACAUAUCUUCAGGUGCACCAACAAUCAUUCAGCCGGAUGAUGAGAAUGAUCUCAGUAUUGUCGCUUCUUAUGAUCGUCGUGGGAAAUACAUUUACACGGGAAAUUCGAAAGGUCGAGUUUGUAUCUAUGACACAGAUAAAUUCGAACUGGUCACUUCAUUUCGUUCCGGCGCGAAUGCAGCGGUAAAGUCGAUUGAAUUUGCUCGUCGUGGCGAGUAUUUCCUCCUGAAUUGUGCCGAUCGUGUGAUUCGAGUAUACAACUGUGAGAAAGCACUGGCCGCGGACGGGACAGAUCUGGAACCGAUUAAAAAACUGAAGGAUUUAGUCACUGGGAGUCAUUGGCGAAAAUGUUGCUUCUCCGGUGACGGUGAAUUUAUCUGCGCCGGAUCCAUGAAACAACAUUCAAUCUAUUUGUGGGAACGGGCUAGUGGAACCCUAGUCAAAAUUUUGCAUGGACAGAAAGGUGAAACAUUGCUAGAUGUUGUUUGGCAUCCUCUACGUCCCAUCAUCGUAUCGAUUUCCAAUUCCGUCACCAAAGAACAGGUUUCUAUUUGGGCGCAAACCCAAGUUCAAAACUGGUCCGCAUUUGCACCGGAUUUCAAAGAAUUAGACGAGAAUGUGGAGUAUGAGGAACGCGAGUCCGAGUUCGACGUCGAAGAUGAGGACAAAAAUGUUGAGGAAAACAAAGGUGAGUCACUAGUGUUGAUACCCGAUUGA